AUGAAGACCAACUACAGCAUUUCAAAGAGUUCUUCCAACUUGGUCUACUCUUCACUGAAGUGGAUGAGCUACUACCGCCUCACGGUACCAUACCCAUUCUUCUUGAACCUGUUGAUGCAGUUGGAUGGGCCAGAGCAUUUCAAUCACCUGCCACCCAAACAUCCCACCGGCAAAGAGGAGCACAGCUGGAGUUCGAAGGCGUUCAAGGCACUUGGCGCAAUGCGAGCGGCCGAUAGUUUUUUCUACGACCAUCCCUGCGAUCCCUUCAGAAGGGGUGUCGAAGUUCAUCAAAUCUCUCGUGUGCCUUGCCGAAAAGAAUGA